AUGACAUCCAAGUCAUACUUCAAUUAUUCUUUAAUCAUUCUCGUGCUAUUUGCGAUAGGGACAGACACAAACGAAUUCGCAGGAUAUCGCGCCUGUAAAUGCUUGACAAACUUCUACCGCACUCAUUUAUUUGAAGACUGCAAGCCAUGUGAUCAACCUGGGUUACAGUGUGUGCAUGAUUUUGCUACUCUACGAAGUGGAUAUUGGUGGAAGUGGAGAAAUGAAACAGACAAAAUGAUUUACAAAACAUUUACUGAGGGUCUAAAGAACGCCGGUGUUACUCCUGUUGUGCGCACAAAAACUAUCGCGCCUGAAGGAUCUUAUAUUGAAUACCCAUACAGUCUUCCUCAACCACAAAAAUGUCCGAGAGAAAAAUCGUGCAUAGGAGGUUUGGUAUCCUUAUGCGCCCUUGGUUACGAAGGCCCCUUGUGUGAAAUUUGCAGUAAAGGAUUCCAUAAACAGCUUAAGUCGUGUAAUAAAUGCCCAACGAAGAAAUGGAUGAUCGGACAACUUUCAGUCCUGGCAGCAGUCAUUUUAUUAAUAAUUGUUAUUGUGGUUUGGACAAGCAGGAAAAAAGGCAAGAAAAACGAAGAGCGUUCCUCAGUAGAUAUCAUUCUUGGGAGGCUAAAGAUAGCCAUAGGUUUUUAUCAAGUAACGUCGGGAGUUCUUGAAGCAUUCUCGUACAUCAAAUGGCCAGAUUCCCUCACUCAAAUUGGAGAAUACUCCCAAGUACUGCAAGGAGACGUUUUUCAGAUUGCUCCAAUCCAGUGUCUUUUUGAAAGUCUCAAAGUUAAUGCAUUUGGAAGUUUGUACGCUAUAUUAGCUUUGAAUGCUACUGCAAUAAUUGUGGCAGCUGCUGUUUACGGAAUCAAGAAGCUAACUUUAAUGCGAAACACUCUUAGCGAAGAGGUGAAAGUCAAGGAGAUGUCCCAAACGAAAGAGGUGAUCUACAGAAAUCUGUUUUUCUUCCUUCAUGUGACUUACCUGAGCACCUGUUUGAAAACAGCAAACGUUCUUCCCCUCGCUUGCCACACAAUCUGCGUCGACGAAGAGGACGAAGCUUGCGAAAAGUUCCUUAAAGCAGACUAUAGCAUCGACUGCACAAGCUCGGAAUUCAACCGUUCGGUGUUCGUUGCAUACUGCACUGUGGCGUACAUUGUGUUUCUACCAACUUCAUUUUUUAUAAUUCUUUGUAGGCAAAGAAGCUAUCAAAAACAAGAACGUGGGCUCAGUACUAGUGUUAGUCUGCAAAGCAGAGAGGUUUUGACAGGGUUGCGGUUUCUCUUUGAAAACUAUACCGAGCAGACAUGGUAUUGGGAACUGGUUGAAACAAUUCGGAAGGUGGUUUUGACCUCUGGAUUGAUCCUUGUGGGAAGCGAGAGCAGGGCCUAUGUGGGAUUGGCUUGUGUCAUAUCAGGUCUCUACGGGAUGUUCUUCGCUUAUAAACGACCUAUUCUGGAUUCCUUUGAAAACAAGUUAAUGCUGUCAUCCCUUGGCGUUACGUUUGUCAAUUUGGGAAUAGGAGCUGUCAGUCGAAUCCCAAAAGAAGGCCUUCCAUCCUCAAUCAACCCAUACCUUGACAACAUCAUUUUCAAUGUACUUGUGUUUGGAGCAAAUUCUCUUGUCAUUGGACUUCUUCUGGGUAAGUAUUGCACACCUACAAUCCCAGACAAAAGUAGGAAGGUUGUACAACUUAACAUUAGUCCAUUUUAAUCCUCAAAAAAGAGAGUUUUCUCUUUUGCUAAAUAUUCUCAAACACCUAGCCGAUAAGCUCUCAGAAAAGAAUUAGGAACCUUAUCACAUUACUAUUACUUGGAUUAGAACAUUGCUUUCUUUUGAGAUUUUAAGGUCGGUACACACAUGCGUAAGAGGUUCCAGGACACCUUUCCGCAAAAUUCCACAAGGGGAUUUCAUUGAUGACUGCCGCUUAAACGCUAUUAGUAUUUUAAGGGUCUUUUUAAUAUUUUUAUUUAAUUUUUAUUUGAGAUCAGUUGUUUAUAAUUGAAAUGAAAUUUUUCUUAAUUGAAAUGAUUUUUGUUUAAACGAAAUGAACAGGAGCUUAUGAAAAUAGUGCUUUGACUGAAUAUUUUUCUUUUUUUCUUCAGCGAAAUUAAUUGCAAAUAGGUUUUAAUAGUUAGUUUUGUUAUCAAUAAAAGGUUUUCUGUUAUUAUUAUUAUCAUUAUUAUUGUUAUUAUUAAAAAUUUUUAGUACACCAAAUCUUUUAUUGAUAUCAAAGCUAACUAUAAAAUCCUAUUUACAAUUUUAAAAUUUCACUUAACAAACUAUUCAGUCAAAGCAUUAUUUACAAUUCCUUUCGAUUAAAAAAAAGAACCUUAAUUUCCAUUGAAAAAAUUCAUUCCAUUAAAAAGAUAUAUAUUCGGAAAAAAAGCACAAAUUACUAUUAUUGUUAUUAUUAUUAUUAUUAUUAUUAUUGGGCUAGUUUUUUGUCAGGGUUUAUUUAAGUUUCAUUCAGUCUUUGACAAUCUCACUCAGCCUUCAACAUUGUUUUUCUUGGUCUGCCUCUUUUUUGUCUGCCUUAGUCACCCUGUCGCUGUAGAAUACAAUACCGCAAGAGUCGGCUCAUAGCCUAGUCAGUGUUUCCCUCGAAGACAAGUCGCCUUCUUUAAAGCCCAAGAUUAUUACUGUACAUAAAAAUACAUUGGUGUGAAUUUUUUGCAGUUCAAUACUUGACAAACGUCUACGGUUAUCUCAACACGUGGCGUAAAAAUCCCCAGUGGUCGUUUUCGUGCUGUCUUGCCCUUCUUCUGCCUCUCAAUGAAUUACAGGGCGACGUGCAAGGAUUGAGUGGCAAAAGCCUCUUUCAACAACAGCUGCAAACUGGAAAAAUGGACAUGCCAACUAUGUCCGGCGCUCUAAAAGACAGCGGAACUAUUAAUUUCAGCCUUGAAGAAGACGAAGAAAAGCAGCAAGGUGGAAAAAAGAAUCACGAAAGCAAAUUGAAGCCCUUUAAAGGGAUAGAAAAUGUGCAAGACGACAUCGCCCUCACUGAAGUCACCAUUCAUGAAACGACAGCAGGGAAAUACGAUACAGCACUUUAA